AUGUCGGAACUAUCCCAUGAUACAUGGUAUUUCUAUGCGGACAGGUUCCACAUUUCUCGGAAUGGAAGACCACGACAUUGCAUACAUGAAACUUCAUUUGAGGGAACUCGAAUCCGGGAGUGGAAUGCUCCUAGUCGAAUCAGAUUCGGAACCAUAUUUCUCGGGAUCAAGAUAAAAUACCGUAAGUCUUGGAAUCCUGGUUGUUUCAGCUUUAGUGAAGAUAUACCCGCAGACUUGGAAUCGCCAGCAUCACGAUCGGAAAUGAUGGAGAAAAAUCGUCUAUUAUCCCAUGUCGAGAAAAUAUUUCCUGUUUGUUUCAGCUUUAGUGGAAAUAUACCCGCGGACUUGGAAUCGCCAGCAUCACGAAAAAUCAGGAUCGGAAAUGGCGAAGAAAAGAUAAGUAUAAUAUUGAUUAGUUUCACAACUAAGAAAUCGGCAAUCCGGUUAAUUGUUAUUCAGACCAGGGGCUUUAGUACAUAUGGGAAAGUUCUAGAUAAAUAUGCUACGGCUUUGAGAAUGUUUCUUUCAUGA